UCUCCUGUACUGUACGUGAGAGCGACGGAGCGCAGUAUUUGUGCGGACUCAGAGACGCAGAGACAUUCGGUACCGUGAGAGAAAAAUAAAUACGGAUAUACCACCGAACCAGUCAGGGAUCUACAGACACGGAAUAAUCUUCAGUAUCGAGUCGGCUGUCUCGCCUGCGACGAAAGCCCGUUUCCCUCAGACCUGCUGCGGUAAACGAUUCAAUUGGUCCAGCAUCUUGGCAGAGACUGAUUUAUGCAUUAUUAAGUGCUACCUGCUCCUAUUUUCAUUUUUGUGUCUGAGUAUUCGUCUAAUUGACUCAUCGAUCUAGGCUUCAUUGACAGUGGCAAUGACAGUAGCCUACAUAGCCUUCUUCUCGUUCUCGAGCUGAAGGACUGCAGUGCAGGACGGGUUUCCCUGGGAUACGUUUGGAUUUUCUUUGAAUUAUUAUUAUUCUGAGGGUAGCCUAGUAAGGACUCGAUCAUCUGCAUACACUUGUGUAAAAGGAACAUUGAAAAUGGCCGUAUUUAAUUCUUGACACCUUAACGCAGCGAGGAAGAUAUUCUUCAGGCAUUUUCCAAUCAGAGUUGGGUUCCAGCAUUAUCCAGCUAUGAUGUAGCCUACACGCGCACGUCUACGGUUAUCAUCAGUAUUCAUUAUCGAGUGUUAAUUAGAAUCAAACCAGGGCCUUCUUGUGAUUUCUGUCAUCAAAAUGCCGGCUGGAAUGAAGCCUCUUGAAAAAUUCUUGAAGAAGCAGACCAAUGCACUCACUCGGGCGGGUGGUUUUGGGGAGAAGGCCACCGGCACAGGGGCAUCCAGGCGGCGGGCCAGCCUGUCCCGUGUGGUGCCGUUCUUCAGGGAGACAUCUCCCGAAAGCGGCCCGGCGAGAGAGGUGUUCAGCCCGGAGACCGAAGAAGCGCCGUGCUGGCCAUCCGCCACUGCGGACAUCAGGAGCCCGUCGCUGUCCAGUGAUGAGCAGAGCUCAGAGGCGAGCCUGGACACGAACUGGACCCCGCUCCCCGCGGACACUCCGGACAAUCUAGCGCUGGCGCUGCUGGAUAGUGUGGCGGGAAAGCGGUACGGCAACUGCACAGAAAUACUCCUGGAUGACUUCAUGCUGACACACCCAAUCUUCCUGGCCUCAGACAAGUUCCAGCAGGUCUUGCUUCAGCAAUUCAGCUCAGAGGGUAAGCAGGGUGAGGGCUGGCCCGGCUGGGAGGGAGCUGAGCGGAAACUUGCAGUUCUGACUGUGGCCUUCCGCUAUCUGGACACAUACAGAGACUUACUGCAGGAGGAGGGAGAUCGCUCCAACACCUUCCCAAAGGAGCUGUAUUUGCGCGCCGUUCAGGAGCUCAGUCGCUUUCCUGAACUGGUGGAAGACGUCCUGAAACUUCAGCGCUGGACUGAGAUAUUACACAGCCCAGCCGAGGAAGACAAGGAAAGUCGCAAGAAGCAAGUCCGCCCGCUCUUCCGACACUUCAGACGUAUCGACGCCUGCCUGCAGCCCCGAGAGGCUUUCCGUGGCUCAGACGAGAUCUUCUGCAGGGUUUACACACCAGAUCAUUCGUACGUGACCAUUCGGAGCCGUCUUUCAUGCCGGGUCGGGGAGAUCUUGGCUCUGGUGAAAGAGAAGCUCCAGUAUAGCGAGGACCAGCCCACCCAACCUGCCAACCUUAUACUGGUGGCUGUCACCUCAGCUGGAGAGAAGGCUGUGUUCCGUCCCAGCGACGAGGCCGUUUUCACCACCCUGGGCGUCAACACCCACCUGUUCGCCUGCGAGGCCUCAGAGCUCGAGAGCUUGAUACCUCUCCCUGAGGAGAUCCACUGGUCACCAGGCGACAGCAAACUCCAUGACAUGAGUGCAGAGGAGGUGGCCAAUCAGCUGGUGGUGUUCGACUGGGAACUCUUCAGCUGUGUGCACGAGGUGGAGUUUGUGUGUUACGUGUUCCACGGGGAACAGGCUCGCUGGCGCCCCCUUAACCUGGAGCUGAUCCUGCAGCGAUGCAGUGAGGUCCAGCACUGGGUCGCCACAGAGAUCCUGCAGUGCCAGUCGCUUCCAAAGAGGAUACAGCUACUGCGAAAGUUCAUAAAGAUUGCAGCCUUAUGUAAACAGCAGCAGGAUCUGCUGUCGUUCCUGGCGCUGGUUCUGGGACUGGACAACCCUGCAGUCAGCCGCCUACGUCUGACCUGGGAAGGUUUGCCAGGAAAGUUCCGGAAGCAGUUUCAGCAGUUUGAGAGCCUUGCGGACCCUUCGAGGAACCACAAGUCCUACCGAGACCUUCUAGCAAGCCUGAGAGCCCCACUCAUCCCCUUCACUCCACUGCUGCUAAAGGAUCUGACCUUCCUUCAUGAGAGCUGUAAGUCUUUCCAUGGGGAGCUGGUUAAUUUUGAAAAGAUGCACAAAGUGGCUGAGAUGGUACGAAGCAUCAGGCGGUACCGGAGCACUCAGCUAGCAAUGGAGGUCGAGCCGUCCCCCUCUCACCUCCAGACGAAAGCGUAUGUUCGGCAGCUGCAGGUCAUCGACAAUCAGAACCUGCUUUUUGAGAUGUCCAGCAAGCUGGAGCCAAAAGACAUGUGAAGGGACCAAGCGUACCUACAAGCCAUAUCUACAAAACCUCUGGUUCCCUCCAAUAAACCCAGACACCCAACCCUUCAUUCUCCAUUGUCACGGAUCAACCCAGCUGGUCUGUCAAUCAUCUCAGGCUGCGCCUCCGAAUCACUGAGCGAGGAAAUUUGCUCAUGAAAAUGGUGUGAAUUGUGCUUUUGAGUGAUUCUGUGUCAAUGUUAAUUAUGACCACGCAUAGGGAUCUGGAUUCAUUUCUGCUUUUAUUUUUUUCGCUGUUCACGACUGAAGGGAAACCUGUCCUGAUUGCACUGCCAUCAGUUGAACUGAACCAAACCGAAAUAAGCUUUUCAUCCGGGCCUUCAGAGAAACAGACUGCAUUUUGACUAUUCAUUACCCUAAAAUACAUGAGACAAUCUGACCUCUUGAACUCUGACCUCUGGUCUUCCCUCUUCCCCUGCCAACAUUGGCACUUUCUGCAACCCUGUGUAACUUGGCUGCAGUCGUUAGAUCUUAGUGUUCUGAACAAUAUGGAUCCCCAGCCAUCAAAUGAGUCCCGAAUCCAAGACCAGCUCCAACGUACAGGAUGUUUUCAUAAAUAACCUGAAUAAUGUAAAUGAUGAAGUCAUAAUACAGAAGAAAUUGGCUUUAACUGGACAUUAAAGUGAAUGUACAGGAGCUCGUUUACUGCAAAAAUGUAUUAUAUCGAUAUUUCUGUCUUGUUUUUUUCAUUAUCAAAAAUCAUUUUUUUGAAACAAAAUUGCAUAAUAAUAAUACAUUUAAUAUUUGAACAAUUGUAAUAUAUCUAAUAUAUAUUUUAAAUAUUAUAUAUAAAGAACACUACAUUAUGUUAGAUUUAUACGUAAAACAAGAAAAAACUAUUGUUUGUAAACAAAUUUGAAUAUCGUAUGCAAUUUUGCCUUUCAAAUUAAAUUUGAAUUAAAAUUUGAAUGUAUAUUGUUUUAAGGAUGUUUUGAUAUUAGUUCUGAAAAACAAGCAAAAAUACUGAUAAUUAUUUUGUUGUGGUCUUGAAGCCAAAUUUUACUUUCACUGCUGUUAAUUUAUUAACGAUUAAUAACAGACCAAAAAGAAAAAAGACCAAAUGCAGUAUUUUAUCCUAUGUUUGGACAGAACCAC